UUUGUGCACUCCACCCCGCCAUGGAGAACUGAAGCAAUGAAGCGAUGCUGUUCCUCACCGCCAAUGCCCUCGGCUCGCUCGUGGAAUCGGCCGUGUUGAACCGCUCUCUGCUUCUCGGCCAAGCCGUUCAUGCGAAGAUCGUCAAAACCCUUGAACCGCCUUUCCCUUCAUUCAUCUCCAACCACCUCAUCAACCUCUACUCCAAACUCGGCGUCCUCAACUCUGCCCAACUCGUCCUCUCACUCACUCCCACCCGCCACCGCUCCGUCGUCACUUGGACUGCCCUCAUCGCCGGCUCCGUCCAGAAUGGCCACUUCGCCGCCGCCCUCCUCCACUUCUGUAACAUGCGCCGCGACCGCAUUCAGCCUAACGACUUCACCUUCCCUUGCCUGUUCAAAGCCUCGGCGUUCCUUAACUCCCCUCUCAUUGGCCAGCAGCUUCAUGCGUUGGCAGUUAAAAGCAGCUUGAUAUUGGACGUUUUUGUUGGGUGCAGUGCUUUUGAUAUGUACAGUAAAACGGGCAUUAGAGAACUUGCAGACAAGGUGUUUGAGGAAAUGCCGGAUAGAAAUAUUGCAACGUGGAAUGCAUGUAUUUCCAAUGCUGUACUCGACGGGAGACAUAAUGAUGCGGUUAACAAGUUUGUUGAGCUAUUACGUGUGGGCGAAGAGCCUCCCAACUCAAUAACCUUUUGUGCAUUUUUGAACGCUUGCUCUGAUGGCUUUUAUUUAAAGCUCGGGAUGCAGUUGCAUGGGAAUGUGAUUCGACGUGGUUAUGGUUUGGAUAUUUCUGUUCUAAACGGAUUAAUUGACUUUUAUGGCAAGUGUCAUGAUGUGAAGUCCUCUGAGUUAGUUUUUGACAGCAUGGAUGAACGCAAUGGUGUUUCUUGGUGCUCACUGCUAGCCGUCUAUGAGCAGAAUGACUUGGGGGAGAAGGCUCUUAAGGUUUUCUUGAAAGCCAGGGAAGAGGGAAUUGAGCCGACUGAGUUCAUGGUUUCAAGUGUGCUUAGUGCUUGUGCUGGGUUGGCUGCAUUUGAGCUGGGAAGGUCAAUUCAUGGCCUUGUUGUAAAGGCCUGUGUUGAGGAAAAUGUGUUUGUUAGGAGUGUGCUUGUAGACAUGUAUGGCAAAUGUGGGUGCAUAGAGGAUUGUGAGAGAGCAUUCUAUGAAAUGCCCGAGAGAAACUUGAUAACCUGGAAUGCUUUGAUUGGUGGUUAUGCUCAUCAAGGGCAUGCUAACAUGGCACUGGAUUUGUUUGAGGACAUGACAAGAAAAACUCAAGAUGUGGUGCCUAAUUAUGUUACAUUUGUUUGUGUUCUCACUGCAUGCAGUAGGGCUGGAGCAGUUGAAACAGGCAUGGAUAUUUUUGAGGCAAUGAAGGACAAGUAUGGUAUUGAACCAGGGGCAGAGCAUUAUGCGUGUGUUGUGGACAUGCUUGGGCGGGCUGGAAUGGUUGAGCGUGCAUAUGAAUUCAUAAAAAGAAUGCCUAUUCGGCCUACUGUGUCAGUUUGGGGGGCACUUUUAGGGGCAUGUAGAGUGCAUGGGAAACCAGAAUUGGGUAAGAUUGCAGCAGAUAAUUUGUUUCAGAUUGAUCCACAAGAUUCUGGCAACCAUGUGAUCCUUUCAAAUAUGUUUGCAUCUUCGGGCAGGUGGGAAGAGGCUAACCUCGUGAGGAAGGAGAUGAAGGACAUAGGGAUAAAAAAGGGUGCAGGAUACAGUUGGAUAUCUGUUAAGAAUUCUGUGCAUGUUUUCCGAGCAAAGGACACAUCUCAUGUAAAAUACCAAGAAAUUCUUGCAAUGUUGGCUAAACUAAAGAGAGAGAUGAAAGCUGCAGGUUAUAUCCCAGAGACUAAUUUGGCUCUUUAUGAUCUAGAAGAGGAAGAAAAGGAAUCUGAAGUUUGGUACCAUAGUGAGAAGCUUGCACUUGCAUUUGGUCUCAUAACUAUUCCUCCUGGAGUCCCUAUACGAAUAACAAAAAAUCUUAGGGUUUGUGUGGAUUGUCAUAGUGCUAUAAAGUUCAUCUCAGGCAUUGUAGGCAGAGAAAUUAUUGUGAGAGACAACAAUAGAUUUCAUCGCUUCAAGGACGGUCAGUGUUCAUGCAAAGAUUAUUGGUGAUGCUAAUCAACAGUUUGAAGAUUAUUACAGGAAAUUUCUUUCUCCUGGGCUAUAUCAAAGUUACUCCUGUGGCUAUGAUGCAUCCAAAAUCAUAAUAUUAAGGUUGGAACCUGAUCGAGCUGCAAGUAAACAUCUCAGGCCACUGAUGAGUGUUUGUCCAAUUUGCCCAAAAUCCCUUGUAAGAUCUGCAUUUAGAGUCCUGAAGAGUUUUGGGGUAUGUGAUGUAAAUAUGUAAUUUAUCUUCUCCCAGUGACAAACUGCCCAUACUUGCUGGAUGCUCCUAAAUCCUGAUCAGCCAGCAUGUUACGUUUAACUUGAAGGUACGACUUCUUCCUUCCCAUUACAUCUUGCAGACUAUGGUGUUCCAUUCUCUUAUAUUAAUUAGGUUUGUUAAAUUAAAGAUUGGACUUUGUUAAA